CACACACAGACACAGAGGCAUGAUAUGGUCCGGGUAUUCAGCUGCGCAGAUUUCUCUUAGAGAGGUUGAGGAGUAUUUGUCAAGACAUGGACUUUAGUCAAAAGAGGAAUUGAAAACCGCUUCACUGCUUGGACUGGAUGCUCAAUCACUCACAGCUGACCUUGGUCAAAUAAAAGGGGAAAGUGGAAUUUUUACGACGCAUCCAGUUCAAUGAUGGCAUUGCCAAAUGACAUCACCCUUUUCAACUCCACCUCGUCCCCCUUGACGACAGAGAUCUAUCUGAACAUCUCUGUAGCCCCCUCGGCCCCCUCCUGCACAGACUGGCCUGCUGUACCCAUGACUACGAUAAUCCCCGCCAUCUAUAGCAUCAUCUGUGUGCUGGGCAUCGUAGGCAACACCCUGGCAGUUUGGGUGUUGGCCCAUUCCAGCACCUCAAGGAGAACUGUGGCUAACACCUUCAUGCUGAACCUGUGUGUGUCCGACCUGCUGUUCCUGCUGUCCCUCCCCCUGUGGGCCGUCUACUAUUCCCAUGGCUACAACUGGACUUUUGGCCGCGCUGCCUGCAAAGUGUGUGGAGCUCUCCUCCACCUCAACCUCUACGCGUCCAUCUUCUUCAUCACGUCCAUGAGCGUGGACCGCUACCUUGCUAUUGUGCGUCCGCUGCGCUCCCAGAGUUCACGGUACCCCAAACGUGCUCGGUUCACAUGCAUCGUGGUGUGGGUGCUUGCGUGUGCUUGCUCAGCCCCCAACUUGUAUCUGAGGGACACUAUCUACCAGGUUGAGCUUGGUGUGGAGGUCUGUGGGAUUAAAUAUCCUGAUCGGUCCUGGGACCUGACUCUGACCUGGAUGAAGAUUGCUUUGGCCUUUCUCCUGCCGCUGUUAGUCAUUUCUUGCUGUUACUGGGCGAUUGGCAGGCAUCUGUUGGCUGAUACGGGGCUGGGAAGAAUGCGGACAACAUCGCAGCCCUCCAACAUGCCCUCUUUUAUAUCCCUGGAGUCCAAGGAUAACUGCAUUAAACCAGAGAGACCCCCGACCCCUUGUGUGAGUCCCAGCUCAAGCGGGGUCAGACCCCUGGAGGGCAGGGGGCUGGAGCGGGUGUUGUGGACAGUAGCUUCGGUGGUCCUGGCCUUCUUCAUCUGCUGGUUCCCCUUCCACUGCGUGACCUUCUUAGAAUUGCUGAGGAGCGAGGGCUGGUUGAACGGCUGCUUGGUGAAUUGGACAACCCAAAACCUCACCCCCCUCACCCUCUGCAUGGGAUUCUCCAACUCGGCCAUAAACCCUGUGCUCUAUUGCUUUAUCGGAAACCAUUUCCGGGGCCGCCUCGGGGGGCUCUGCCAGGGCCUGUUUGCUUGUCUGAAGGCCCGCGGGGAGGACCACAGACAGAAGAGAGGCUCCUUCAGCACCAGGCUGAGCUCCUUCUCCCAAAAACUCAGUGACCUGAAAGACCUGGCGAUUGUUGAGCCGUCUGGUCAUACCUAACUACCUGAAGGGGAGGAGGAGGCUUUCCACCUUCCUCCACUGGCUUCACACCCCAAACAGUGACGUCAACUUCAAAACUUCAAAUGAGGGCUGAACUCCCAACAAGCAUGGAUGUGUGUCGCAGAGCUGUUACUACAACUGAAUUACAUUUCAUUAGAGCCAGAGUGCACAAAAAGACAGAAACAAGUCACCAAGGAAAUUAUUAUAUUAUUAUUUAAUUAUAAGAUUAAAGAUUUUAAGUUUUAAAGCUGGUUAGCCAAACUGUUCAGCAAGCAGGCAGCUGUUAACAGCUCAAACAUUUGUUUUAAAUACACUGAAGGCUACACAACUUACUCAACACACUGCGGACAGACGGUUGGACAGUUAGCAGCUAGCUGGUGAUAGCAUAAUAUAGCAUGUAGCGGCUAAUGAAACAGACAUUUACCUCCAGAGUAGGUAAAGACCAACAGAUUGAGGUUUGUUGGCUAAAAAGAAGCUCUAAAUGAUUGAUUAUGUUACUCUCCAUCUGCUAGGUGUGUAGUAGCCUAUGCAACUGUUUGCUAACAACAGCUGUAAAAAAAAAAGUGAUAUUAUCUCAGUUUUCACUAAGUUCUCUCAUGUGAAGAAAAAAAGAAUCUGUUACUACAAGUUUAAAGGUGUAACUAACCUGUACGGAGUCACUAGUCACAUCAACUCUGCUAAGCUAAGGCUAGCUAGUUUACUUUCUUUGUUUCAGAUUAGUUGGAUUUAGCUUCUGCCUCAUUUCUAUGGAAUGAUACACUAGAUACGUUUUUUAUACAAGGAAACAGGAACGUAUGAAAGAGUUCAUGUAUAAUAGGCUUUAACUGUGGUUAUCUCAACAGCUAGCUUAAAUGUAAGCUCUAUUUUGUAAUUGUGCUAACUAUGAUGUUUUCUCUGAAAUGAGACAAUGGCAUAACAAUAUUUUAUAUGGUAAAACACUUUUAUAUGGUAAAUACAUUUUGACCAAAUGUGUGGGUACUGCGUUCUCUGCAUUGAAGGGCAAAAUCAUAAUGAGAUAUACAGAUGUAUUGGAUAAUUAUUAACCAGUCAAAAUAAAGCUUCUUUUACUGUGCUUUUAUGAAACCAAGAUAUUAAGUGUAUUCAUGUUAUAUUGUUAUGGUAUUAUUCUGUAAAGACAGUUUAUUCAAAUUACUUGCAUUUACUGAAAAUUAAAGUGACCAAUAUUGGCAAAAAAAAAAUCCUUUUUAUUGAUUUGAAUUCUCCAAAAUUAUUUUACGGAUCCUUUACUAAAAUGGGAAAUGGUCGGGUAAAUUUAAGCCACUAAUUACACAUACACCGGUUUAGUGAAAUUGCUUAUUUCAACUGUAAUUUCUACUUUCUUUUAUCCCAAAUUCACCCUCCAACAGCUGCGACUCCGGAGCUCCCCCCCACCCGGGAGUGAGAGUGGUGUGAUUACUGUCGGCUAGCAGAUGGACAUUCAGUCUCCCCAUUUUCUUUCCCUCUCCUCCCAGAAUGCCUCACUCAGAUUCCGUACAUAUCAAGGCCAGAUAUCAUAAUCUCAUACAAAUGUCCCUAUGAUGCAUUCCAGUCCAGUCAGUGGAUUUGGUGCAGGGAGCCGCUGGCUGAUCAAUGAUGUAUCUCUGUCUGCUAUUUGUGUCCAGUAUAGAUCCACUACAUUCUGCAUGGACCCUGGACUGCCUGUCUGUGAACUGAGAGCCAGGGGAGUGUGGUUAAAUGUUGUCUUGUACUGAAGGACCAUGGGGUAACAUACACAUGAAGUGGAUAAUGCUAUAAACGUUUUUGUUGGAAGAG